UAGCCAGUGUGCAUACACACACGCGUUCACGUCUCUUGGCUCUUCCUUCGCGAGUAGUGGAUCUGUGCGGCGGCGGGUGGAUAAUUUUAGAGUUUUUGAGAAGCACCGUGUGAAUAUCAGCUAAUAUCUGGUGUGUUUUGUGAUAACGAACGACUGAUCUCCCAUGAGCGGAAUGUUACGCUUACCAUCGAUGCUGGCCAAGAGUGCCCUGUCCGCGACUCGCGGACUGACGGCCGCCACUUCCCAGCGGGGGCUGCAUUUCACCGUUGGUCAGAAUAACGCCACAGCGAACCCGGGUGCGAUCUCGAAGGAAUACCCGGUGGUAGACCACACAUACGAUGCCGUCGUGGUCGGUGCCGGUGGAGCGGGUCUCCGCGCUGCCUUCGGUCUGGUGGCCGAAGGUUUCAAAACUGCCGUCAUCACGAAGCUGUUCCCGACCCGUUCGCAUACCGUUGCGGCUCAGGGCGGAAUCAACGCGGCGCUCGGCAAUAUGGAAGAGGAUGACUGGAAGUGGCACAUGUACGAUACCGUGAAGGGAUCCGAUUGGUUGGGAGACCAGGAUGCCAUUCACUACAUGACCCGGGAGGCCCCGAAGGCUGUCAUCGAACUGGAGAACUACGGUAUGCCGUUUUCGCGUACUCCUGACGGUAAAAUCUACCAGCGAGCUUUUGGCGGUCAGAGCUUGAAGUACGGAAAGGGUGGCCAGGCGCAUCGUUGCUGCUGUGUUGCCGAUCGUACUGGACAUUCCCUGCUGCAUACGCUGUACGGUCAAUCGUUGAGCUACGAUUGCAACUAUUUCAUCGAAUACUUUGCCCUGGACCUGCUGAUGGAGAAUGGACAGUGCGUGGGUGUGAUUGCGCUGAACCUGGAAGACGGCAGCAUUCAUCGUUUCCGUGCCAAGAAUACCGUUUUGGCUACUGGAGGCUAUGGUCGUGCCUAUUUCUCGUGUACCUCGGCGCAUACAUGUACCGGUGAUGGAACUGCUAUGGUGGCUCGUGCUGGACUUCCUUCGGAAGAUCUGGAAUUUGUUCAGUUCCACCCCACUGGUAUCUAUGGUGCUGGCUGUUUGAUCACUGAAGGAUGCCGCGGUGAAGGUGGCUACCUUAUCAACUCCCAAGGUGAACGUUUCAUGGAACGAUACGCCCCAGUGGCAAAGGACUUGGCAUCCCGUGAUGUCGUAUCCCGUUCGAUGACCAUCGAAAUCCGCGAAGGCCGCGGCUGUGGACCAGAAAAGGACCAUGUCUACCUUCAGCUGCACCAUCUGCCCCCAGAGCAGCUGGCCCAGCGUCUUCCGGGUAUCUCGGAAACUGCAAUGAUCUUCGCCGGUGUCGAUGUCACCCGUGAGCCAAUUCCUGUCCUACCAACCGUGCAUUACAAUAUGGGUGGUGUCCCGACCAACUACAAGGGCCAGGUUCUAACCGUCGAUUCCAGUGGAAACGAUCAUGUAGUUCCCGGACUGUACGCUUGCGGUGAAUCUGCCUGCUCGUCGGUCCAUGGAGCUAACCGCCUGGGAGCCAACUCACUGCUGGAUUUGGUUGUAUUUGGUCGUGCAUGUGCUAAGACCAUCGCUUCCGAAAAUCGCCCGGGAGAGAAGAUCGCCGAUAUCAAGCCGAACGCCGGUGAGGCCUCCGUGGCCAAUCUGGACUGGGUGCGUAACGCCGAUGGUGCUAUUCCUACCUCAACCUUGCGACUGAACAUGCAGAAGACUAUGCAAACGCAUGCUGCCGUGUUCCGUGAGGAGAAAACAUUACAGGAGGGUGUCCGCAAGAUGGGCGAAAUCUACAAAACCAUCAAGGAUGUGAAGGUUUCCGAUCGUUCCCUGGUGUGGAACUCGGAUCUGGUGGAAACGCUGGAACUGCAGAACCUUCUGCUGAAUGCCAAUAUGACCAUCACAGCGGCAGAAAAUAGAAAAGAAUCCCGCGGUGCUCACGCCCGUGAAGACUACAAACACCGAGUGGACGAAUACGACUACACCAAACCUCUGGAAGGUCAGCAGAAGGUACCAGUUGAAAAUCACUGGCGCAAACACACUCUGACCUGGAUCGAUCCGGAAACCGGUGCAGUCAAGAUUGACUACCGUCCCGUCAUCGAUCAGACUCUCAGUGAGGAAUGCAGCACCGUUCCACCGGCGAUCCGCUCAUACUAAGCAAGCAA